AGUACGCCCGGUCGGCCCGAGAUGAGGCGGCGCCGGCAGCCGCAGCGCCCAAGUGGCCCGAGCCAGAUUCGGAGGAUGAGUUCGUGGACCGCAUCUCCAUGCUGAUGGGUCCGUCGAAGGAGGGUGGCAGAGACCUGGCCGCCCAGCGCCUGCGGCUGUCCAGGCUGAGGGAGGAGCAGGAGGAGAAGGAGAGGCAGCAGCAGAAACAGCAGCAGCAGCAGGAGGACAGCCUGCAGAAACAGCUGCAGGGGGAGCGAGCGAGCCACGAGUCACCGCAGCAGCAGCAGCAGCAGCAGGUGCGACCGCGGCCAGCGCAGGAGACCAAGGCCUCGGCCAAGGCACCGCAGCAGCAGCAGCAGAGGCCGGCGGACGACACGGAGCGGCAGAUGCAGCUCUACUGGCAAGAGGCAGCGCGGGCCGCCCUCGCCAAGCAGCAGAAGGAGGCCGUGUCUAAGGCCACGCUCGCCCGGCAGCAGGAGGCCGAGACCAAGGCGGCGCAGGAGGCGGCCAAGGCCCGGCAGGCGGAGGCCGCCAAGGCCGCCCUGUCCAAGCAGCAGGAGGUGGCCGCCCAACAGGAGGAGGCCAAGGCGCUGUACGCCAAGCAGCAGCAGGAGGAGGCCCGCCAGGCCGCGGCGGCGGCCAAGGCCAAGCAGGAGGAGGCCGUGGCCGCGGCCAAGGACGAGCAGCAGCUCGAGGACCUGGACGACGCGUACGACAUCGCGCGCGCGCUCACGCAGCAGCCGAGCGUCCCGGCCAUCGACCAGACGCUGCUCCGGACGUACAUGAGGUCCCUAGGGCCCCAGGUCGGCUCGGUGGACCAGGUCGGCCCGAUUUGGCAGCGCUACUGGGACCAGGUGCUCGCCUCGCUCAGCCAGCAGGGCCUGCAGCAACAGCAGCAGCCCGCCGUCAGCGACCUGAUCGCCGAGCUGCUCAACGACGCGGAGCGGCAGACGCAGCAGACGCAGCAGCGCCAGCGCGAGAUGCAGUGGCAGGCGCAGCAGCAGCAGCAGACGCAAGACCGGCAGCAGCAGAUGCUGCUGCAGGCGCAGCACGAGCAGAUGGACCCCAGCACGGCGCAGAAGAUGCUGCUGCAGCAGCAGCAGACGCAGCAGCAGCCACAACAGCAGCAGCAGCCGCCUUUCACAUACACCUUCCAGAAGCCCGAACAGAGCUCGAGGUUCGCCAUCAACCCCGCGGAUCCCCGCUUCUGGCAGGAAGACCCCCGCCUGCAGUACCUGGUUUCCCGGUCGGGUGGGGUGGACGGCUCGCAGCCCCAGGAGGACCAGUACGACGAGGGCUCCUCGGGGGUGCGCCAGGCGCUCAUCCGCAGCGCCUCGGGCCUCAGCAUCCCGAUGGACCUGGGCGUGUCCUCGGAGCAGCAGCCCGACCAGCCGGACGACAUGGUGGACGUCGACGAGGACCUGGGCGCAGUCGGCGACGACAUGUGGCUGCCGCAGCAGAGGCAGCAGCAGCGCCAGCAGCAGGGGUCGCGCGUGACGCCGCCGGUCGUCCCGGAGGGCAUCCGGCACCAGCCCAAGCCGACCGCGACCAGGGACAGCAGGCUGGACGACGAGAGCGGCCGGGGCUCCAACCUGUCCAACCACGACUACCCCGUGGUCAAGAAGCAGCUCACCUUCCCCAAGGACCACUGGUUCUUCGGGAUGGACGACGUCGGCAAGCUGGCCAUCUUCAUCGGCGCCAGCAUCGCCGUCUCCAGCAUGAUCCUCGGCUUCAUUGUCUGGCAAUACCGGUGAGUACCGUGUGAUCUCCAACACCCCACCUCUGAACCUCUGAACUUCACUCGGCUGCGGGCGGGGGUGGGGGUUGGGUGAGAGGUC